AUGGUGGAGGCGGUCCAUCAGGUGCUGCUGGGCUCGGGCCUCACCAUCCUCUCGAAGCCACUCAUGUACGUGAAAGUGCUCGUACAGGUGGGAUAUGAGCCUCUCCCUCCAACUAGGGGAAGAAAUAUUUUUGGACAAGUUUGUCAACUCCCUGGACUCUUUUGUUAUGCUCAACAUAUUAUGAAUAUCGAUGGGAAAAGCGGGUUCUUUAAAGGCUUAACUCCCAGACUGUGCUCUGGAGCUAUUGGGACUGUGGUCCACAAUAAAGUGUUGCAGAGAUACCAGGAUUGUGACAAGGCUGAGGAGUUAAAACAAGGACUUCCACCUCCUCAACAGAAAGAUGGCCCAUCCACCUUUGACAGGGUUAUCAAGGAGACUACUUGUGAGAUGAUGGCUUGUUCUGCCACCACCCUUGUUACAAAUCCCUUCCAUGUGAUCCCGCUGAGGUCUAUGGUACAGUUCAUUGGCAGAGAGAGCAAAUACUGCGGACUGUGUGACUCCAUAGUAACCAUUUACAGAGAGGAGGGCUUCCUAGGAUUCUGUGCGGGCCUUAUUCCUCACCUCCUGGGGGACAUCAUUUCCUUGUGGCUCGGUAAUUCAUUGGCCUGCCUCAUCAAUACCUAUGCACUGGAGAGUGGGGUUUCCACCAUGAAUGAAAUGAAGAGUUAUUCCCAGGCUGUUAUUGGAUUCUUUGCCAGUAUGCUGACCUAUCCCUUUGUACUUAUCUCCAACCUGAUGGCUGUCAACAACUGUGGGCUUACUGGUGGAUGCCCUCCUUAUGCCCCAGUUUAUUUUUCCUGGUUAGACUAUUGGUACAUGCUACAAAAAGAGGGAAACAUGAGUCGUGGAAAUAGUUUGUUUUUCCGGAAGGUCCCUUUUGGGAAGACUUACUGUUGUGACCUGAGGAUGUUAAUUUGAAGAUGUGGGGCAGGGACAAUGACAUUUCUGUAGUCCCAAAUGCACAGAAUUAU